AUGGGUCUCCCGCGACAGGAGGUGCCUGGGCGCCACGACUACGAGAACGAGGCCGUCGUCCGCCGCAACGCCCUGCCGCACCGCACCUACUACCUGCCGCCCGAGGCCACGCUUUGCCUGAAUGGCAGCGACGGCGAGUGGCAGUUCCACUACGCCGACUCGCCGCUCAACGCGCCUGAUGCUGCAGCCGCGAGCUCGUCGUCGCCGGACUCGGGGGAUGGCUGGUCCCCGAUCACGGUCCCCGGCCACUGGCAGCUCGAGGGCCGCCUGCGUGGCCACGGCGACGCCUGGGGCAUCCCGCACUACACCAAUGUGCAAUACCCCAUCCCCGUCGCGCCGCCCUAUGUCCCUGCUGUCAACCCCACAGGCACCUACCGGCGUGUGUUUUCGGUGCCAUCUGCAUGGGCGGAGCAAUUCCCGGGUGGUGGCGGCCCGCGGCUGCGUCUGCGGUUCGACGGCGUGGACAGCGCGUACCACGUCUGGGUGAAUGGCUCGCUGGUCGGCUACGCCCAAGGCUCGCGCAACGCCGCCGAGUUUGACAUUACCGAGGCGGUGGCUGCUGCGGCCCACGCCCACGAGGUGACGCUGGUCGUGCAGGUCUACCAGUGGUCCGACGGCUCGUACAUUGAGGACCAGGACCAGUGGUGGCUGUCGGGUAUUUUCCGCGACGUGCAUCUGCUUGGUUUCUCGGCGACGACGAGCAUCGACGACUGGUUCGUGCGCACCGACCUGGACGCCUCGUACACGGAUGCGGUGCUGCGCGGUGCUGUGACCGUGCGCACCGUCGAGCCUGCUACGCUGAGCCUGCGUCUGCUGGACAAGGAAAGCGCAAGCGCCCUCGUGGGCGAGACAUCCGUGCACGUUCAUGCUGGUACUCUUGCAGCGACCCCCACGACUAUCGAAAUUGCCUUGCCCGUGGCCAAUCCACGCAAGUGGACGGCCGAGACGCCGUACCUGUACCGGGUCGAGCUCACGCUGCGCCCGCUUUCGGGCAACGACCGACCCCACACUGUCCAUCAGACCGUGGGCUUCCGUCAAGUUGAGCUCCUCAACGGCUUACUGUGUGUCAAUGGGGUGUCUCUCCGCUUGCGUGGCACCAAUCACCACGAACACCACCCGCUGCACGGCCGCGCCGUUCCCGGCGACUUUAUGCGCCACGACCUGCUGCAGAUCAAGCAGUACAACCUCAACGCUCUGCGCUGCUCGCAUUACCCACCACACCCGCGUCUCCUGGACCUGGCCGACGAGCUGGGCCUCUGGGUCAUAGACGAGGCCGACCUCGAGUGCCACGGAUUCUACGACGUCGUGGCACGCCCCCUCGACAUUCCCGAGGAGAUGGACUACGAGGAGCGCAAGAAGCUGACCUUCCCAAAGGCAGCCGCCUUCACAUCCGACAACCCCUCGUGGCGUGCUGCGUACCUCGACCGCAUGGAAGCCAUGGUGCAGCGCGACAAGAACCACGCGUCCAUCAUUGUCUGGUCUCUGGGCAACGAGGCCUUUUAUGGCCGGAACCACAAAAACAUGUACCACUACGCCAAAGCGGUCGACCCGUCCCGGCCUGUCCACUACGAGGGCGAUGCCCAUGCCGAGACGGCCGACAUGUACUCGUACAUGUACCCGUCCGUGGAGCGCCUGGCGAAGCUGGCAGAGACCGAGGGCGUCGACCCCAAGACGGGCCGCUACGAGAAGCCCAUUAUUCUGUGCGAAUACGCCCACGCCAUGGGCAACGGCCCCGGUGGCCUCGCAGACUACGAGGAACUCUUCCGCACGCACCCGCGCGUCCAGGGCGGUUUCAUCUGGGAGUGGGCCAACCACGGCCUGUGGAAGGACGACGGCGGUGGCAAAGCGUACUAUGCCUACGGCGGCAACUUUGGCGACGAGCCCAACGACGGCACCUUUGUCAUGGACGGCCUGUGCAACAGCCAACACCAGCCCACGCCGGGCCUCGUGGAGCUCAAGACGGUGGUGCAGCCCGUGCGCGUAUCACUCGGUUCGGGCGCCGGCAACAGGACGCUCACAAUCCAAAACCUCUACGAUUUCAUCGACCUGAGCCAUCUGGCGCUCUCCUACCGCAUCGAGGAUUUCUCGUCGGGCGACUCCCACAGCCAUGUCCUCUUUGCUUCGCGUGAGCUUGCGCUGCCGCACAUUGCACCGCACGGUGGAAAGGACACGGUCGUUCUGGACGGCAUUGACUACUCCGCAUACAAGGACAACGCCGAUGUUCUUCUUACCGUGCUGCUCUCCCGCAAGGGGGAAGAGUCCGGAUGGAAGGACGUUGCCCAUUUCCAACAGUACUUGACCACCGCAGAGAAGAGCCACCUGGCGACUAUGCCUCUUUCCAACGUCUUGUCCGCUACGACUCAGACCGCUACGGUGCAGCACGUUGGAUCCACAAUCACGGCCGCUGUUGGCCCGCACGCGCUUGUGUUCAGUGCCGUCCGUGGCAGCCUCACAUCAUGGACUGUACGCUCUGGUGGCAAGAGUGUCGUCGUUCUUGGGUCCACCGACGCUGCAUCCACACUACCGGCAAUUGCUCCCGGUUUCUGGCGCGCACCCACAGACAACGACCGUCCACUGUCCGUUCCCUACUGGAAACGCUUCGGUGUCGACACGCUCGGUCUCCAUCGUGUUGUCUCGGUCGACCACGCCAUAUCAGGCGAGACUGCGACCGUCACCAUCGAGACCGUCAUGGCCGCCCCUGUCCUGGGCUGGGGCUGGACCUGCCGCACCGUCUACACGUUGUCGGCCGGCGGCCUGGCUGUGGCGGUUGCCCUGGCGCCCUUUGGCAGCGCCCCGGACCACGUCCCCCGCAUCGGCCUCGACGUCCGCGCAAACAAGUCGCUGCAGAACUUUGCGUGGUACGGCCAGGGACCCGGCGAGUCGUAUCCGGACAAGAACCUCAGCCAGCGCGUGGGGGUGUACGAAGCCAGCCUUGCCGAUCUGCAGGUGCCGUACGACGUGCCACAGGAGAAUGGCAACCGUAUGGGCACGCACUGGAUGACGGCGACCGCCCAAGAUGGCCAUCUUCGCCUCCGUUCCACGCUGAGCGAUGCGCCGGAAAACGAGGGGCGAGCGAUAUCCGGCUUCUCCUGGGCCGCGGGACCGUACUCGGCACGGGUCUUGGACGCAGCGGCGCAUCCGUGUGACCUGGUCGGCCAGGAAGACGCGGAUGCGGUGCUGCUCCGCCUUGAUGCGCGUGUCGCUGGUGUCGGCUCGGCCGCGUGCGGGCCAGGCGUGCGGCCCGACCUCUUGGCGGCCGUGGAACCUGUGUCGUUUGCCUUUGCUCUGGAGGCAACUGUCUAA